AUGGCCAGCUUGGCCAAAUCACAACAGGGCCAUUCGAGGGUCGAGGAGAAGCGCAUGACACGCGACGGCCCCCAGCCACGAAGAGCAUUCAUCUCUGCGUCCCAACAACGACGGUCUUCCGGGUAUCCAGCAUCAUGGACAUCUAGAUGGAAACACCGCCAGCAACCUCCAUCAAUCCGAUAUCAGACUGAACCGCAGGACAGCUCACCUGGGCCGCCGGUCCUUAUUCGAAGAGAAUCCUCCCAAACACUGCUGGAUUCGGAUGAGGAGCCGGAGCUCGUCCUUCCGAAAUCCAUCCAAGUCGGCCCAGAAGUAUUAUCGGUGAACCGCUUCUACACCAACUAUGCCGCGCAAGCGAGUAUCAUGAUUUUCAGUCGGCUCCCCGAGUACUACGAUGUCGAUCUCUCUGAUGCCAGUCACGCACGACACGCCACACACGCUGUGGCUUUAGCGAGUGCCUCUCGAUCACUCCGUCAGUCAGGGCUCAUGGUCGAAGCUCGUCGACAUUACGGCAAAGCCAUUUCGACUCUGAACCAAGCCCUGCAAGACCCAGUUGCUGUGCGAGACGAUGCCAACCUGGUCACGUUGUUUUUAUUUGGCAUGUUCGAGGUCAUCAAUGGCAAGCGAGGCACAAGCACAAUUGACUUGCAAGAGAACGUAUUUCCCCACGGGGCAGGAGGCUUGCAGUUAUUCAAGUUCCGGGCAGAACAUGGCCUGACAAACGAAGUCGAUAAAGCCUGCUUCACCUUCUUCUGUCAUGCGGCGUUAAUGGAGAUGUUCAUACAACGAGACCACUUGACGCCUCUAUGGUCAAUGCUGGAAGAAGUGGAAACUCCGUGGGGCAAAGGCCCGGUUCUCGAGCCGCUUGUUCGACAGGUAGUCGAUUUCAAGAGAGCCUUUGACUUCAAGGUGCAAGUCCAAGGUAACUUGACCAGGUUAACCGAAAGCCCCCCGGAGGAUUUGCUAGACCUCAUCCGGAACGGGAUCGAUUUAAGCAGCGACCUUGAGGCAGCCGUCGCAUUCCUCGGUUUCUCUGGUGCUUCAACAUGCUCCGGACAGCAGCAGAAAGUCUUCAACGGUCUAUUCUCACUGUCGUCCGAGUCAUCCGUUGCUAUCGCGCGAAGUCAUUACCGUUCCCUUCGUGUAUACCUCUUAGAGAGGAUUAUCGAGUUACGAAACACUCUAAAAGAGAGCAGCGGCAAAGUCGCCAUAAGCUUAGGUCCUAUGCCGAGUUGGUCGGAUGGUGUCUCUGUCGUUGAAGACGUUCUCGAAGAUAUCCGAACGGUAUUCGGCCUAGAAGGGAAGAAAGAGGCGCCAACCGAGGGCAUUGCUUACAGAACCAUGACAAUGUUCUGGCCAAUGGUUAUGGUACGCACUUCAUGUUUUUCAGGCCCCCAUAAUGGUAGGUGGGUGGCAGAAAAGAUGCUUGAGUUAACCACGAAAUCGGGGUUUGGCCUCGGUGUGGAAGCUGCGAGUGCUUGA